AUGCCCCACCAGUUUCUGGCCACCAGUUCUGAGAGUGGAGUCGGUGCUGAGGACAGACCAUCGACCAGACGGACCAGCAUACGGACCAUCGACCAGGCGGACCAUCGACCAACAGACCAUCGACCAACAGACCAUCGACCAGACGGACCAUCGACCAGACGGACCAUUGACCAGACGGACCAUCGACCAACAGACGGACCAUCGACCAGACGGACCAUCGACCAACAGACCAUCGACCAACAGACCAUCGACCAGACGGACCAUCGACCAGACGGAUCAUCGACCAGACGGACCAGCAGACGGAACAUCGACCAGACGGACCAUCGACCAGACGGACCAUCGACCAGACGGACCAUCGACCAGACGGACCAUCGACCAGACGGACCAUCGACCAGACGGACCAUCGACCAGCAGACGGACCAUCGACCAAUAGACCAUCGACCAGGCGGUCCAUCGACCAACAGACGGACCAUCGACCAGACGGACCAUCGACCAGACGGACCAUCGACCAGACGGACCAGCAGACGGACCAUCGACCAUCGACCAGACGGACCAUUGACCAGACGGACCAUCGACCAACAGACCAUCGACCAGCCUGACUAG